UCAUUCAUUUCUUCAAUUCAUCUCAUUCACAUUCCGGAGCAGCAGGUGGCGCUAAGUGACUCUUUUCACUGGUUGUCCACUGUUUCAGAGACAGAUCGUAGAAGAAGACGAGGGUUCGCUGUCGUUCCUGUCUCGCUGCAGUCAGCUGUUCCUCCUGUCUCACCUUCCAUCCAUCUUAAAAAAAAAAGAAAAGACGCCACACUCGCGUCACAGCAGCCGGAGACUCACUGACAGCCGCCAUGUCUUCGUCCUCCGCCGCCGCCGUGAAGAAGAAGCACGUUCGCUUUGCCAGCGUGGACAACGACGACAAUGAGCGCACGGACGAACAGGAGGAGGACACUCUGUUUGACAAGAGGACAGACACCGGGAAGAGGCCGAGGAGCGCGGGCAAGAGAACAAUGAAGCCCGGCUGUGACAAGCAGGUGCUCGACCGUGGCAGAUGCGGACAUGGAGCGUGCGGCCGCUGGAUGAUCACGCUCACUCUCUGCAUGUCCUUCCUGGGUUUGGGGAUGAGUAUCUCAGUUCUUGGCCCCACAUUCGAGGACCUGGCUGUGAAUGUGAGAAAGGACAUCAGCAACAUCUCCUACGUCUUCUUAGGCCGCUCAGUGGGAUACAUCGGAGGAUCUCUCUUUGGGGGCUUUCUCUUUGAUUACAUCAACCCCCAUCUGCUGCUCGGUUUUUCUUUGCUCAUCACAGCCUUUGGGAUGUUAGCCAUCCCAUUCUGUAAGCAGGCUCUGCUCCUCACUGUGUUCAUGUCCAGCAUUGGGAUGUCUAUGGGUGUUCUAGAUACAGGUGGUAAUGUGUUCAUAUUAAACGUAUGGGGAGAGCAGGCGGGGCCGUCUAUGCAGGCGAUGCACUUCAGCUGGGCAGCUGGAGCCUUUGUGUCUCCAAUCAUUGCCAAGCUGCUGUUUGGCCUUGAUGGGAACAGCAGCAUGGAAACCAUGGCAACCAACUCCACACUUCCUGCCAUCACAACUUCCAAUGAUCCCAAAUUUCUCUGCUACAUCAACAGCAGUCUUGGAUCCAUGUGGGCCUACAUCGUGAUUGGCACCUUUCUUGGACUGGUGGCGUUCCUCUUCUUCCUCCUCUUCACGUGCACCAGCGUGUCCUAUGACAAAGCACGCACGACACCAGGAAAGCGCCCAGUGGCCAAACACCAUAAAGCUGUUGUUGUUCUGCUGGCCUUUUUUUAUUUCUUCUACGUCGGAGCUGAGGUGAUGUACGGCUCCUUCAUCUACAACUACGCCAAGGACUACGCACACAUGCCUCAGGCGGAGGCCGCCGGGCUCAACUCACUGUUCUGGGCUAUGUUUGCCGUCUUUCGCGGGUUGGCCAUCUUCUUAGUGGCCUGUUUGUACCCUGGCACCCUGAUCCUGCUCAGCCUGGUGGGCUGCACUGUCUCCUCUCUGCUGCACUGCCUCUUCAGCAGGGAGAAGGUGGUGAUGUGGUCCUGCAGCGCCCUCUACGGAGCGUCCAUGGCCACCACUUUCCCCAGUGGUAUGUCCUGGUUGGAGCAGUACACCACGGUGACGGGCAACGUGGCGUCUGUGUUGGUGGUGGGUGCCGCGCUGGGUGAAAUGGUGCUGCCCACAGUUCUAGGCUUCCUGCUGGGGAAGUUCAGUGAGCACCCUCUCCUCAUGUACCUGUCACUCAUCAUGGCCACAAUCACCUCCAUCCUCUUCCCCGUCAUUUACAAGCUGGCUUCCACUCCCAGUGGCCAGAGCAGGAAAACCUGCAUUAGGGGCCGACCUGACGCCGACGACAGCGAAUUUUGCCAGGCGCUGCUGGACUCGGGAGCCAAAGAUGAAGAUGAGGAGGAGGAGGAGGAGGACACUGAGGCAGAUCAGUGGAACGACGCAGACUUUGAGGUGAUCGAGAUGGACGACACGGCGAGUCUUGUAAGUUCGCCCGAUAAGACGGCGUCUCCUCUCGACGUGACGGCGAGCUGCGUGGCGGCGUCGCAGCCUCUGACAGUUUCGUUCUCUGGUGGAAACUCGCCCAGAAGGAAACUGCUGCUGCUCUCCGCUAACAGAGAGAAGAGAGACUGAGACGUCUGAAUACAUGCACAUGGAGUUCUGAUCGUAGGCAGCUGAGAAACUCAUCUCGGGAAGAACUGAAACAUUAGCCGACUGUGAAACUGUGAAAAUGAUAAUGUGAAGGAUUCAAAGAUAAGACAUUACAUUAUUAUAUGAGCACAAACCUGCAGAGAAACCACCGUGUGGAACAUGUCACUACAAUAAUGUCUAUUGUAAGAUAAGAACCACUUCCAUUUUACACAUUUAUUUUAUUGACACGCCUCGUUACAGCAAAGUAAUAAAAGACACGUUUCAUGGGUGCAGGAAGGAUGAAUAUGUGGGCAUGAACGGUCACAGUCAUCAUCAGCUUUGCUCUUGUGGAGGAGAGUGUUUUUCUCGAGAGCUAAAUUCCCUUCGACAGCUUCUGUUUCUGAAGAUCAAUAAAGAGAUUAGGGUGCGUUCACACCUAAUCGUCCACU